AGCCGUUCAGCUUCCUGCCCUUCUUUCAUGUAGCUAUGGCCAAGUCUCCCCAUCAGUGGCCCGCCAAGAGAUUCCGUUACCCUUCGGCGCCUCUGGCGUCGCCAUGCCGUUCUUGAUCGUUGUCCAGGCACUCGUGCGUUGGCGUGCGGUUCUCUUCGACAUUCUCGAGAGUCUGUGAGCUUGCCUCCUUCGUCAUGGCGGGCGGUAUCCGGGGGCGCCUUGGCAGCGGGGCAUCGCUCGCACUUGCGAGCCGCCCGAUCCCGAUGGAUUGGCAGGGUCGCCCCGGGGUCUCGGAGAGCAGCCCGGUCUGCCGCUUCGGGAAGGGUCGGUUGCUGGAGCUCGGGCCAGAGUUCACAGUCUUGCUCCUGCGCGCGCUGGCGAUAUUGGAGCUGUGGUUUCUGAGAAUCAUGAUCUGCAUCAUCCAGAAGCGGCAUUUCAUCGAAGGGGGGCCCUCGCCCGUCUUUCCAUCAGGAAGUUCGAAGUGCUGCCUGGCCCCGCUCGCGGGGAAGCGCGCGCGGCCGUGAUGCCAUGUGCCACGUGUCUGUUCCCGAUCGUGGAGCCCACUCUCCAAUUUGGGGCUGGUCUUCGGGCAUGGUGCCAGCGCGGAUUGUUGGCACCCGCCGCUUCUCAAAUGGGCUUCCCGCCGCUCGGUGAUUUCAAGAGUCGCAGCGCCGGCCGGUGUGAUUGAAUAUCUAUAUUCCAGUCGCGCCUUGUCCAUUCUGAUCUGCGUUGCUCAGUUCUGCUCUGCCCCUGACUCCUGCCCCGCCCUCUCUGGCCCCAUACCCCGCGCUGAACACGCGCUGUUCGCCUCGCUCGACAAUGCCCCCCGCUGUGCUCUCUCCCGAGCUUGGCAGUUCGACGCCGGUGCCUGGGGCGGGCCCAUUGUUCCCAGUCUCCAGGCAAUGAGCUCCGCGUGUCUGAUGAGAGCCGCCAUCGACGCCCAUCCUGAGGACGCCUCCCUGCCGACAAAGCUCCGCGACUUUGCCUCGAGGCGUCGCGAGCUCGCUGAAUAGCGCGCUGGCCGUCUCUCACCGGCCUUCUGGUCUAGCCUUGCCUCGGGGAGAACCUCGGGCGGGCUGUUGCUGGGCCCCUAGCUCUCGGAUCCUUCGUCGAGCAGGAUCGGUCGCGCUCGAUGCCGCCUGGGAGCUCUUGGCCUCUGCCUCGGCCCUCCCUCGACCUCGGGAAGUGAAAAUGAAAGUCCUGCUUGCGCGUAUUUUCCAGCGAGAACUCCCAGACGAUCUCGGCGACGUUGUCUCGGCCAGGCGGGUGCCGCGGCUUCCUGCGGCGUCGCCAGCUUUGGAACAUGCGAGUUGGCGAGGGGUCCGCCGUCCCGUUCGCUGGGCGAGGCGGCCGCUCUCCGAUGCCGUCUGGAGGACUCUAAGUGGCAGUUUCAUUACAUCCAAGCGUUUUCGUGGUGCGAUUCAUCUUCGGUGCUGCCUUGGCCGUGCCGCUCCCGGCUCUUUUACCCGCUAGUGGGUCAGCCCCCGUGUUCUUUUCUUUGCUGCGCUCAGUUCUCGAUGGCGACAUCCGUUGCUGUCCCACGUGCCGAUUUGGUGUCUUCUUGCCCUCUAGCUCGAGCCUCGCCGUCCCUGCUGCUGCGCAUCUGCUCAUGGUCAAUCUUCUUCCUGUCUUUCAGCCGCCUGUGCCCCUGACUUUUUGAAGGGUCCAAGGCUGCUGCGCGUCAAGUGAAGGCCCCGCUCACUCGGGCGCGCGCGCGCGGCGGGAGCGCGGCGCAGACGAGGAGAUGACUGCCUUCGGUCACGUGCGAGGAGAGAUGAAGAA